AUGAAGGCUCUUUCUCGCGCUCUCCGACCACUGACUGUUGGUAUUCGCCGAGAGGAUCCCGGUAGAAUAUGGGAGAGACGCGCACCCCUCACGCCAGAGGCCGUGCGGGACUUGAUCACGAAACAGGGUGUUCAGGUGCAGGUCGAAUCUUGCGACAGACGCAUAUUCACCGACGACGAAUACAUAAAGGCCGGUGCCAACAUUCGGAAGGACCUCUCUGCUGCCCACAUUCUACUUGGUAUCAAGGAACCUCUUUUAAGUUCGCUGCAGCUCUCGCCGGUCCCUUCCCCAAUUUCUCCAACCGAUGUCACCCGUACAUACAUGAUGUUCUCGCACACUGCCAAAGGCCAGCCAUACAACCUUUCGCUCCUGUCAUCCUUCCUUGGUCAUAAAGAACUACCUCGCCUCAUCGACUUCGAGCUGCUCACUGAUUCCGUGACCGUUAAACGGACCGUCGGAUUUGGGUGGUAUGCCGGGGUGGCUGGCGUUUUUGAAGCUCUGUCCUCCUUGGCUCAAUCUCAUCUUGAAUUUGGGGUUGCUUCGCCGUUCCUGUUGACUCCAAGACCGCAUACUCAGCCGUCUUUGGAUCAUCUGCGGGCAGCUCUACGCGCCAUUGGAGCGCGAAUUGCUGCAGAGGGCACCCCGAAAGCAUUGGGUCCAUUCAUCAUAGGCCUCACUGGGACCGGAAAUGUUGCAGAAGGCUGUCUGUCGGCUCUUUCGGAGCUGCCUAUUGUCAAAGUCGCUGUGAAAGACCUCCCGGCCCUUGUCAAAGAUCCGGAUGCAAACUUACGAAACAUAUAUCUUGUACAUGCUUUACCAUCUGACUACUUUACGCGUCUUGAUGGUGGUAAAUAUACACGAGAUCACUAUUAUACUCAUCCCAACGAGUACUCGUCAAACUUUUCCCAAACAAUCGCCCCUUACCUCACUCUUUUCCUCAAUGGCGCAGGCUGGGCUCCCGGAUAUCCACGAAUCAUGACAAAUGAGCAACUGGCGAUCUCACUUACACUCGCACAGGAGGUUGGCGGAGCCAGGUUCACGAACAUCGGCGACAUAAGUUGUGAUCCCGAGGGCGGCCUUCAAUUUCUAACGCAUGCAACUACGCUAUCGGCACCCUUCUUCAAAGCCCGACCCCCUUCUCUUCCUCAACAUUUACCUUCUGUGACAAUUAUGUCGGUGGACAUUCUACCAUCAUCCAUUCCUUUGGAUGCUUCACGGGGCUUUUCUCGAGCAUUGUUCCCAUACCUGGAAGCCCUGAUCGCAUCGUAUAGCGGCGGCGACACGAGCGGUGAUCGUAUUGAAGCUUUACAUCGAGCGACUAUCGCGAACAAAGGGGGGUUGUCCCCGCAACAUCAGUGGCUCCAAGAACGCGUGGAUGCAUGGCGCGCAUCGACGACGAAACCUUCAACAUCUUCCCAUGGCAAUCUGAAGGCAAAGCAUGUUUUGAUGUUUGGUAGUGGCAUGGUGGCCGGCCCUGCUGUGGACAAGCUUGCAGAAAGAUCUGAUGUUCGACUUGUGAUUGCUAGCAAUUCUCGUUUGGAGAUGGAGAAGCUACAAGGCACUCAUUACAAUGUACAGUACCGUGAAAUCGAUAUGGGAAAACACGCCGAUGUCUCGCGGCUUGUGGAAGAAGCAGAUGUUGUUAUCAGUCUUUUGCCGGCCCCCUUUCAUCCUGCAGUCGCUGAACAUUGUAUUCAACACAAGAAGCACAUGAUAACAGCGUCGUACAUCUCUAAUUCGAUGAGCGCUUUACACUUGCGCGCACUGGAUUCUGAUGUUCUUCUUCUCAACGAGAUUGGCCUUGACCCCGGAAUUGAUCACUGUUCUGCGAUCUCCCUCAUCUCUAGGCUUCAAGCUCAGAACAAGAAAGUAGUCUCUUUCAUCUCGUUCUGCGGCGGCCUUCCUGCACCCGAUGUAGAGGAUAUGGGUCCACUGAAGUAUAAGUUCAGUUGGAGUCCGAGAGGAGUUUUGACUGCCGCACUCAAUUCAGCGAAAUUUAAGCUCUUUGGUGAAGAAAAGAAUAUUUCGGGAACCAAUCUGUUGCGCUCGUAUUUUGCUCAGGUGCCCGUGUUGCCCUCAGUGCACCUGGAAGGUUAUGCAAACAGAGACAGUCUCCCGUAUGCUGCCGGCUAUCACCUAGGACCUCUUUCGAAACUGCGUACUCUAGUCCGAGGGACAUUAAGAUAUCCCGGCUACUCAGAACGACUUCAAUUCUUCAAAGACAUCGGGCUUCUUGAACUGAACGGAAUCAUCGAACUGAAGGAUUGGAUAGACUUUAUUCCUCUUUCGCAGAAGCUGAAGCAAGAACUUCAUCCAGAAGACAAGCAUAUCAAUUUGCAGUAUGCAGAGGAUGAUGGUGGGCACCUCGAAGCUCUGCGCUGGCUCCUUGCGGGUCGCACACCACCUCUGCCCACUAAACCAAUGGCUCCGCUGGACAUAUUCACAGUUCUCUUGGCGUACAAGCUCCAAUACGCACCUCAUGAGCGUGACAUGGUUGUCUUAUCCCACGAAUUCAUCACCAAGUCAGUCUCAGAGCCAUUGGCACCGGAAGAGGUGCACACGUCAUCAUUGGUCGCAUACGGUGACGACAAAUAUUCCGCUAUGUCGAGGACGGUUGGAUUACCUGUGGCCCUAGCGGCGCUGAAGGUGCUUGACGGGAAGGUGUCUGUGAGAGGAGUAGCGGGUCCUGGAGAUGCGAGUAUCCGGGAGCCGGUGCUUAUUGGAAUGGAAAGUGUUGGCUUGGGGAUGGAGGAGAUUUCUGGGGCUUCGGAAACAGUAGAGAAGGCUUUGAAACUUGGCGUUUCGGACCCAUGA